ACAUCACUGCUUUUAUGUGUGUUAAGCAAGUUCGUGUAGUAAUGUCACUUCAGGUGUCGGUUUAAAUGACAUCCAGAGCAGUUGGUUAGACCUGCCUCCUGUUUUCACAAGCGUUUCCUCUUUUACUUCAACCACAUGCUGAUACUACACAACAGCAGCACACACUGCAAGCUGAACAGAUAAGCCGCAGUCACAUCCCCUUCGCGCUCUACAGUAAGUUAUAACUCUCCGCAUCCCUGCCAGGUUUUUACAGCUGCUUCACAUGAACCAGAGGAGGAACUCCGGAUCUGUCUGAUAUGAACAAUUCCUACGUGGUGGGAAGGGAUGGACCACUGUGAAAUUCCCCAGGCUGAAUUACUGGAUUAUAUGAUUAAUGGAUUACUGUACAUUGUAAGAGUCACGGUCUAGGUGGUGGCAGCUAUUUUCAAAAUCAACCUCUGAGAAGGUGUGUCUGGGUUUACUGUUACUACUACGGCAUGCAGGAUGGGCCAAACUCGCUCGGAUCUAUCGCGCAGCAACACCACCCCAGGCAGAGCAAAGGGGAAAGCAGGCGAGACAGCCCAGCGGCUCCGUAUCCGCAGAUUUGGAAGCGGAGAGAAGCGACGGAACGACCAGUUAAACAAAAAUCAGAUGAAAAAUCAAGUGCUGUCGUGUCUGGGAAGGAGGAAGCGAGACUCCAGCGAAACAGAAGCGGAUUUCGGUUGCGGAAACGGAGCCGGAGAUCCAGCGACGCGCCGCGAUCACAGAGUAGGAAAGUUGCCGAGGGACGAGGUCGCGUCGGCGGUCGGGGAGCACCGAGCAGCCCCGGGUCUUUUCGAGACACCGUCCGGCCUCGAUGGUCAUCCGAGGCCUACCCAGCGCGUCGUGAGCCGGGAGGCGGCGGCUGGAUCGUCCGAUGCGUCAGGUUUGGAAACGCGGACCGGUGAAGUCAGCGGUGCGGGCUGCGAGGAGCCGAAACCCAAGCGAGAGGACAAUGCCUCGGAUCCCCCGACGAGGGCCAUGGAAGAUCAGCCACUGGGGGGAAACAAGCAGGAUCGUUGUGUGUCUGAGGUUAGGGCAUUAGCGGGGACUAGUCUGAGUUCAGCCCCACCGCUCACCUCUGACCUGGACACUGAGCGGACUUUGACUACCUUGCUCCCGGAUCAACCUUUGGACGAUCACGCUGAGGUUAAAAUGACAAAAACUGACUGUAGUACCGUUUCAUGUGCGCCCAAAGCGGCCGGUGACCAAAAAAACUGUUGCCCGGUUGAAAGUGAGAGCCGAAAGGACUCCGAUCAGGCCCCCCAGGGUCCCCCAAGUGGCCAGAGUUACCCAGGAACCAUACCCAAACUCAUCAUAACCAGAGACCCCAGUCCGAGCCGCUCUCAGGGGACCCCGGCUCUGCUGACCGUCCCCACGGAGCUCGGCACCGGCUUGUGUCACCCCGAGGAUGAGUCUCCCUGCUCGGACAGCGGCUGCGGAGGGUCCCCUGCCCUGAUGCGCUCGCCAAGGAAGCUGUCCAACUCAUCCUCCAUCGGCCUGUCCUCCGCGUCGUCCUUCGAGGAGUCCGAGGACGACUUCACCGGCAGCGACAUCGAGUCCAGUCUGUCUCCGGCCCGGUCUCUGUGCAGCCCGGACGACGGGACAGGGAAUAAGUCGUGGCAGAAGUUGAAGACCAUGGUUCACUGGUCCCCCUUCGUCGUGUCCUUUAAGAAGCGUUACCCAUGGGUGCAGCUCGCUGGCCAUGCAGGUAACUUCCAGGCUGGUGAGUAUGGACGCUUGUUGAAGCGAUACUGUGAGUGUGAGCAGCAGUGCCUACAGAAGCUGAUGAAGGACACUCUGCGCCCCCACGUGCCUGGUUAUUAUGGUGUCGUUCAGAGAGACGAGCAGGACUAUAACCUAAUGGAUGAUCUGCUGGCUGACUUUGACUCGCCCUCCAUCAUGGACUGUAAAAUGGGCAGCAGGACGUAUUUGGAAGAGGAGCUGAUAAAAGCCAGGGAGCGUCCACGUUUGCGGAAGGACAUGUAUGAGAAGAUGGUCGCUGUGGACCCUGGGGCCCCUACAGAGCAGGAGAGGGCCCAGCAGGGCGUCCUUAAACCCAGAUACAUGCAGUGGAGGGAGACGCUCAGCUCCACAGCUACUCUGGGCUUCCGCAUCGAAGGCAUUAAGAAAGCUGAUGGAACUUGUAACACCAACUUUAAGAAGACAAAGCACAGAGAGCAGGUGAUGCAGGCCCUGAAGGACUUUGUUGAUGGCAACACUCAGAUUCUGAAACUCUACCUGCAGCAGUUGGAGAACCUCCGCUCAGUCCUCGAGCAGUCGCACUUCUUCAAGACACACGAGGUUGUUGGAAGCUCUCUGCUGUUUGUGCACGAUGCCUCAGGGAAGGCCAGAGUGUGGAUGAUCGACUUUGGGAAGACGGUUCCCCUGCCAGAGCCGAGCACCCUGGACCACAGGACUCCCUGGGUGGAGGGCAACAGAGAGGACGGCUACCUGUGGGGACUGGACAACCUUAUAGACAUUUUGAGCAGUAUGCUCCCAAAGACACCUUGAGGCGGGGGGGCUCAGAAGACUGUAAUGAAAAGACUGAUCCAUGUCCUCAUGGUGGAAGAGAUACGAGAUCAGAAUUUGGAGAAAAGGAAAGACUGACAGACGAAGGAAUGGAAGAGUCUGUGUCUUUAUCCACUUGCGCCUGUGGAAGAAGAGGAGGCAAAGCAAGCACAGGAUUUCUAUUGCUACAUGGAAUAUGCUAAAGGCCACCAUCAUGCAUUAUGCUAGGCACUGUGGAACUUAGGUACAGCUGACCUGUGAUCUUUUGAGGCAAAAGGCAAUAGAAAGAGGGAGAAUUUAAUGCAGAGUCAUAACAUUUGUCACUGUGAGAAUACAGUCCUCUGAAUUCAUGGACCUCUAACACUCACUAUUUCCUGCAUUUGACAGUACUCAUCUCCCUCCUUGCCAUCUCCCUCUGCUGGUUAGAGUUGCACAGAGCACUCUGGCAGCCAUGAAUCUGAUCCAAUGGUGUAAACAAACCUUUGUACACGGUCUUCGAGGAACUUUGUUAAUGGGAGUUUUCUUGUUGUCAUGGACCACUUUUGACAUUUAAGUACACAGCAACACUAAAACACUGGUCAGACCACGUGUUCACUAACUCAGUGUGUAAAUAUGAUUUUAUUUAAGUUUUUUUUUGGCCUUGGUAUAACCUCCUUAACUUGUUUGUACAAUUUCUGUGCCUCGCGUUUUUAAAGAAAGAGUUGUUUGAUCAUUCCAGUGCAGUGGACUCCUGCUGUUUUUCUUCCAAAGAGUUCACCCAAGUAUAAACUGAUUUACACCUAAUCCCAAAGUUUAACUUGUAGUAGGAACUGAAAGUGUUUUCUUAAUUGGAUUUUUGUAUGAUUAUGCAGUGAAAGUUUUUUUUCUUUCAAGUAACUGUACAUUAAGCAGCUUGGCAGCCAUGUUUGUCUGGAAUUUGUUGCACUAUGGAUCCUCACAAAGCCAUUGAACAAAUCAAGCGGUGCCUCUGUGUGUCUUAGGAUGGGAAGCAGCAGUUAAGUAUUGGGUUUACAGCUAAGGACAUUUAGCAGUUUCAUUUUAAUUUGGUGUUAUCACUCAGUUCUCUCUGAUCAGUGUUGCUUUAGAUUUGCAGGGAGUUUUACCGUAAAGCUGUGGUGUUAUGGGUGAAAUGAAACUGGAAUUACCUGAUUAAACUCAGUCUCAGUCUGUUUUUAGGCUUUUGUGAGAUUUCACUUAUGCACCAAGUUACACAUGAUUUUGAAACUGGAAAAUUCAAAGUGUCUUAUGAUCCAAAGGAUGACGUGUUAUUGAACACAAGAAUAUCAAUUUUAAACACGAGGUUGUUGCUGUAAGCCUUUUUUAGCUAAAGAGGAGGUUUUGAAUUUUUGUAUGCAAGAUGGAAAGUUUACAAAGAAACUGCAUUGUUAUAUUUAGAUAUUAAGGCAGUGAUUUACGAUCAUAUUUGCCAUUCCUCAACUGGAAUGCGGCAGGGCAGUGAACACGAACAGUCUUCAGUCUUCCAGACGUCCUUUGACAGUGUCAGGCAGCACUGUUUGGGGGGUGUGCGUGUGCGUGUGUAGGCGGUUCACUUAGCACACAAAUUGUCUACAUGAGUGCAGCAAAAGUCUGACUUCAUGAAAUUGGAAUUUAAAAUCAGGAGAUAAGUUUUUCCAUCUCUGUAAAAUAAACGUGUAAGGAGAGAGGAAUAAUAGUGUUUACAAAGUAUUAUAUUUCUUUGCCCACAAAUCCUCUAUAUUUGUAAAGUGGCAAACUAUCAGGUUUUCAAACUGGGUGCUGCUUUAUCAGCAAGAAAACUGGAUUCAUAACCACCUUUUGUAUUUUUAAAAGGCAGCAUAUUUUAAAGCUGUAAAACAGACAGAUUGGUGAAAAUUGCUACUAAAUCCCUGCUUUGUCCAGAAGGUCAUGGUUUGCAAUAAACUGGAAAUAAGA